AUAAAUUAGUAUCGAAUUGACACUGACCACUGAUCACUAACGGAGAGAGGUCGAAAGAUUCUAAUAAAUUUUAUUAGUUUAAUAAAUUAAAUUAUAUUUGGUUUAUCCGCAAUGAAGACGAUUUUGUUUGUUUGCGUUAUUGCUGUCGCUAUCUGCAGUGCCGCUAAAUUACCCAAUGAAAUACCAAGGUGUAAAUUUCAAGAUACAAAUUGCCUUGAAAGUGCCAUUCAACGUUCUGUGAGACUUUUGAAGGAUGGAGACAGAAAACUGAAUCUAAAUGCCUUGGAGCCUCUUCACGUGACAGCAAUCAAUAUCGAUACCGGUGCAGGAAAUUUCAGACUGAAAUUAGAUCUUAUGGAACUGGAUAUUACAGGAUUCUCCACUAUAGAAAAUGUUAAAAUACAAUCCAAAGGUGAUGAUCAAUUGUCUUGGGUUUUAACUGGGCAUGUUCCAAAGGUUGAAGUCAAAGGAAAGUACAAGGCUGAUGGACAAGUUUUAGUUUUGCCAGUGCAAGGAGACGGAGAUGCCAAUAUUUCACUUUUAAGUAGUUUUGUUCGUAGUCAUAUUUGUACACAAAACCGUUUAUUAAACGGAUCGCAAACGAUCUUGAUAUUACCUAUCAUCAAAGAAACUGACCAACGUCCCCAGAGGAAAGGAAAGGCCUAUAUGCAGCUGAACCAGUUUGAUGUUAAAUUCAAUGCAAAACGUGUGACCAUGCACUUCGACAACCUCUUCAACGGCGACAAAGUCCUCGGCGACAAUUUGAACAAUUUCAUCAACGAAAACUGGCAAGAAAUCUUCAAGGAAGUGCAACCAGCCUUAGAAGACUCUUUAGCACAAAUCUUCUUAGAAAUCACCAAUCGCUUCUUCAACAAAGUGCCAUUCGAUGAAGUUUAUUUAUAAACAAAAUGUAGAUUAUAAAUAUUAUUAGCUAACCAAAAAUAAUUGGAGGAGGACGAGAAUUCUAAAACAUUGUGAU